AUGGAAGCGGAAAGAUCUUCCCAAAAGGCCUCCCUACCCUUCCGCCCACUGAUCACAAAAGCCCUGUGCCGGGCUUCCAAUAAACGGAAAGACGCAGCUCCCCAAGCCGCUCCGCCCGAAGGAGUCGCACAGGGUGGAAUAGAUGAGGCACCAGCGACGCAAUUCCCCCGCUUCCCAGAGCUCCCCACCGAGCUCAGACUCCAGAUCUGGACGGAGGCCACCAAGUACAAGCGAUAUGUCCUCCUCACCCCGCCUUGCAACAGCGCUGCUAGCUCUAUCAGCCUCGUCUUCAGGAUGUGUAUAUACCAGCAGACGGGCUACAAGGGCGAGCGCCGGCCGGCAUGGACUUCAACGACGCCUCCCCCGACCCUGCUGUCUGUGAGCAGCGAGGCGCGUGAGGUCGCGCUCAGGUGCUGGAAGCGAGCCUUUGCUUUCCGAACAUGCCCAGCUUCGGUGAUGAAAGGGAUGAACAGGAUCAGGAAUACACGUAAUUUCAUGGCGGGACUGAAAACUCUCACCAACAUCAGGAUCGGCUAUCAUAAAAUACCCGUGGACUUCAACGACCUUGACAAGCUUCCCAACGCCAUCAGGCAGUGGCCUAAGGGAACGCCCCUCUUAUCACUUGGUGGCACUGUCUUGGUGAAGUCUUCAAGCCAUCGCCCCUCGAUGUCUCUGGCGUUCGCCGGGCUUGAGGUGAUAGACUUCGUUGGUGGUUACUCCUUGGCUGAGAUCGAACCGUCUUUCACCAUGGGGCCAAUGGCGCUGCCGUGGGGGUUGAUGCAGGACCAGGCGAACCUGCCUAGUCACCUGAGCCGACGGAUCUUUGUGCGGAGGGCGAGGUGGCUUUGUUACACAGUUCCCGGGGCGGACAUAUUCUGGGCAUAA